UCGCAUCUCAAGAGGAACCAACUUCUCUUUGUUUAGGUCGAAUAUAUAUAGUAUAAUAAAAUGUCCCAUUGAUCCAUCCCCUAUUAUCACCCUAACAAUUUGCGAGAGAAUGAUGGAGGAGUUGCAGAAGAAGAGUGGCGGUGGACCUGUUGAAAUAGAUGAAAGCAGUAGGAGAGAGUUGCUCUCUCCGGAAUCCCAGUUUUUCUCUCCCACCGCCGACUUGCUCCCUCCCGAAUCGGAGAUGCUCCCUCCGGCUUCAUGGAGACUCAACAUCAACGAGUUCCGUUUGCCAGAUCGUCGCUCCUACGAUCAAUCUUUCAGUUUGAGACGCCUCAUUCGCACACGAAAUGUUGAAGGGUUCUUUGAAGUGAGCUAUUUGGGAUGGUCUGGAGUCUGGACACUUUGUGGGAAUUUUGAGAAUGGACACAUCCCUGGAAAGAACGCCCCCUUAUACAGAAAAU